AUGCCAGCGGGCAGUGUCUCAGACCCGGACGGCCACUCGUCGCCGGUGGCCCUGGGUGCCCUUGUCAGUGCUCAGCCCGGGCCUCGAGGUGCUCAACCGCUGGCCGCCCCGCCCGCAAGUCAAGAAGCAGCCUAUGCGGCCAAAACUCGGACAGGCAAUCCAGCCUCCAAGGCGUUUGGCGCGGGUCUUUCCAGCCCACUAAUGUUGAUGAUUUAA